UAAAAACGCUUUGGUUGGUUUGGUUUGGGGAUUUUCGAUUUAUUUUGGUAUGUUAAUCGCAAAAGCAAUUUAACAGAGUAUUCUGAAUUAUAGAUAAGAAAGACUUCUAUGUGUUUGCUCAAACAUGUCUGAAAAACUUGGCUUUGAAGAGCUUCGAGCAAAAUAUAAAGAUGUUCUAUCCAAAGCAUUUGCCACCAAUAAUAUUGACCUGCUGGAUUCCUUCACAAAAAACACCAGUGAAGUGGACAGGAAAGCUGCCAUGGAUCAGGCAUUUAGAGAUAAGUUAUUAGAACUGCUGGUUGAAGAACCUAACACUUUAGAAAACUAUGUCUGUUUCUGUAUAGAGUCGUGUAGACGGCAGAUGGUAACUCCUACGAUGCCAGUCGUCUUGCUGGGAGACAUAUUUGAUGCCCUCACCUUGAACAAAUGUGAGAAGAUGUUUACUUAUGUAGAAAAUGGUGUAAAUAUUUGGAAAGAAGAAUUGUUCUUUGUAGCAUGUAAGAAUAAUCUGCUCAGAAUGUGCAAUGACUUAUUGAGACGUUUAUCGAGAUCCCAAAACACUGUCUUUUGUGGUAGAAUCUUGCUAUUCUUGGCAAAGUUUUUCCCAUUCUCGGAGCGCUCUGGACUUAAUAUAGUGUCCGAAUUCAACCUUGAAAAUGUGACGGAGUUUGGGGGAGAUAGUACAAGUACACUUAAAGACUCGCUGGACGAAGAAAUGGUUGUGGACACUGAGCAAAACAAACUGAACAUAGACUACAACUUGUAUUGUAGAUUCUGGAGUCUGCAAGAUUUCUUCAGGAACCCAAAUACUUGUUACAAUAAAAUACAGUGGAAAACAUUUGUUGCACAUUCAGGCAGUGUUCUCUCAGCAUUCUCAUCGUACAAGUUAGAAGCUAUCGAACUACAGAAGGCUAAACUGAACAGACUGAAGACUGUAGGUGGUGACGUAGAAAUGUCAGAGUCAAGCAAGGAACAACAUUACUUCGCUAAGUUCCUCACCAACCAGAAGCUGUUGGAACUUCAGCUGUCCGACUCGAACUUCCGAAGAUGUGUUCUGAUACAGUUCCUGAUACUUUUCCAGUAUUUGACGUGUACAGUAAAGUUCAAAAUGGAGUCGCAAGAGCUAAAAAGUGAACAGCUGGAUUGGGUCAAAGACACGACAUCCCAGGUGUACAAACUGCUAGGUGAGACGCCACCAGACGGCACUCGCUUCGCGGAUUGUGUCAAACGCAUCCUCCGCCGCGAGGAGCAUUGGAACACCUGGAAGAAUGAUGGAUGUCCAGAGUUCCAAAAACCCAAACCUCCAGUCCAGACUGACUCAUCGGAUGACAUCAAAAAGGCGAAGAAACGUCGCCGUCCGGUCGGCGACAUUAUCAAGGAGUAUGAAGGGCAGCAAAAAUUCUUUAUGGGAAACAAUGAACUUACAAAGCUGUGGAAUCUAUGCCCAGAUAACUUAUCCGCCUGUCGCACCAAAGAAAGAGACUUCAUGCCGUCGUUAGAAUCCUACAUGCUAAGUGGAGCGGGCACUGGCGGUAAACGAACUAACUGCGGCGGGUGGGGCUGGCGCGCGCUUCGUCUACUGGCGCGUCCCUCGCCGCACUUCUUAUGUUUAUUGUACUACUGUUCUUCCUUAGAAUCCUACAUGCUAAGUGGAGCGGGCACUGGCGGUAAACGAACUAACUGCGGCGGAUGGGGCUGGCGCGCGCUUCGUCUACUGGCGCGUCGCUCGCCGCACUUCUUCGUGCACACAAACAACCCUAUUGGACGCCUGCCCGACUACCUGGACGAUAUGGUGGACCGCGUGACGCGAGAAGUGGCAGCGAAUGCCGCAGCAGCGAACAGCACCAACGGCGACUCGUCAAGUCUCUCCAGCGACAAAAAUGCCAAGCAGGAGACUCAGGACUCGGAAGAAAUUACUGAAGAGCAAAUGGAGGCGGAUCUGAUCAAAGAAGGAGACACUAAUGAUAUCGAACAGGUCCCCGACUCAACUCACGCCGGCGAAGACGACUACGACAAAACCGCUCGCUCCAAAGUGACCAUGAUCAACCCAACACAACUAGACGCGGUUUCCGCAAAACUCGUUGACUGGAAGAAACUCGCCGCCAAACUAGGCUAUAAGCCCGACGAAAUACAAUUCUUCGAGUCUGAAAACGCUACAGACGCGGCAAGAGCUAAAAAUAUGCUACAACUCUGGUUCGACGAUGAUGAAGACGCUUCUGUAGAGAAUCUACUGUAUAUCAUGGAAGGUUUAAAGAUGGCCGAUGCGUGUGAAGCUUUACGGAUCGCGAAAUGACAUCUAAUGAAAACUAGAUGUAAGAAAAGACAAUAAAUACGUUAUACUUAUUUGUAA